AUGAAUAAUUUCACUGAAGUGAUCUCAUUUUAUCUAUCUGAUUACCAUGCAAUGGAGGAGCUGAAACCAAUGUACUUCUGCUUGUUCCUGAUAAUAUACAUAACCAUUGUUGCUGAAAAUGUAGCGUUGAUCUGCUUGGUCUAUCAUGAAAAAACCUUGCAUGAGCCAAUGUAUUUCUUGCUGUGUAACUUGGCUGUGAAUGGUCUGUAUGGAAGCACUGCUUUGCUGCCAGCAGUACUGAGCAACAUACUGUCACUCUCCCAUGAGAUAUCUCUGUCAUUUUGCCAGACACAAAUCUAUGCUAUACACACAUAUGCCUGUACUGAAUUCACAAUUCUAGCAGUGAUGAGUUAUGACAGAUAUGUGGCUGUUUGUCAUCCGCUGCAUUAUCAUGCAAUCAUGUCACAAAGUGUGGUUAAGCUUAUAGUUUUUACUUGGCUUUACCCCAUGCUGGCAUUUCUAAUUGUUUUAAUUUUCACCCUUCAGCUGCAGUUUUGUGAGAGAACCAUAGAACAGUUGUACUGUUCGAAUUACUUACUGGUGAAGCUUGCAUGUACAGAUACAUCUAUUGUUAAUAUAGUUGGCCUGUUAUCUGCAGCUCUGUAUACACUUCCGCAGCUGAUCAUGAUCUUUUAUUCAUACGCACACAUCCUGAGGAUAUGUGUAUUGUCAUUCAACAAGUCAAAGCUCAAAGCCCUCCGGACCUGUACACCCCACCUACUAGCGGUUAUUAACUACUCUAUAGGGUGCUUUUUUGAAAUAGCACAAAGUCGAUUCAAUAUUAGUCACCUGCCUUACCAAAGCAAGUUGUUUUUAUCUCUUUACUUUCUAAUAUUCCCACCCAUUCUUAAUCCAGUGAUCUAUGGCUUGAAUAUUCAGCUCGUAAGGGUACAACUGCUAAGACUCUUCAGCAGAAAAAGCAGGCAAGUAACAAAUGAUGGAGCCAAGAGGGCUUUUGCCCAUUGAAACUGUGCUGUGAAGACUGAUGCCUCGAGAAACACACGACUUGCAGAAUCCUCUGUCUCUCCAUGUUGUUUAAUCACAUUUGCUGUCUUAUUUACUACAACACAGCCAGACCGACCAGCACUGAAACAAACAUUUGUUGUUGAAUUCAUGCCUCGCCUUGUGGAAUUCCUGGGGCAUUAGCAGGCUACAGCUCGGGCUUUGUGCGUAUAAGUAAGUGAG